AUGUUGGGGUUAGCCUCAAUUAGCGGUUCCUACUCAAUUGGGCCCCAGAGCACCCGGAAACCCCCGCCAAACCGGCCUGGGCCGCAGACCCCUGGAUCGACCAGUGUGUGCUUAUUAACGGACCGCCGCCUUUGGUCGCCCCUCAUCCACCACCUGUUUGAUUCACCAACGAUGUCUGAGGAGCUCAAAGAAGAGGAGCGACUGUUUCGAGAAAGAUAUGGAAAUAAGCUGCCCACACGUGCGGAGAUUCUCAAGAACCAGCUAAAGCAGCGCCGUUUCUUCGACUCGGGCGACUACGCUAUGUCCAAAGCCGGCAAGCCUGUGGAGGAAGUAGGCAGUGAACACCCCGUUCCAGAGCAUAUACCCCACCGCGAGGCUGCAUUGGCCUAUAUUGGCGCGUCGCCUGUCCGUAGAUCCAGCUGUCUAGCGCCCAAUAAGGACGCAACAUGA